AUGCGCUUCACGCGGCUGAGGGACCUGGAUCAGACGGACGGUACGGUGUUGUUACAGCAGACCACUAGCGAAGUGCCUUCAUCAAACAUACUCUUGUACCCACAGCCCUCUCCAACAGACCCAAAUGAUCCUCUGCGUUGGCCGCUGUCGAAGAAACAUGUUGCAUUCGCAUCAGUGUGCGCAUUUACAUUUCUGACCAAUUUCGGUAUCGGUGGCAUAGCGCCAGCGUUUUACAUCAUGUCCAUUGAGUUCAACAAGACAAUGGACGAAACCUCGCACUUGCUUACCUACCCAAUCUUGGUCCUUGGCGCUUUUAAUUUCUUCUGGGUGCCAAUGGCCAAUUACUUUGGUAAACGACCAGUCUUUGUUCUAGCAAGUGGCUUGCUUUGUCUCUGUUAUGUGUGGGGUGCUGUUGCAACCUCAUUCGAAAGCGUGCUAUGCAGCAACAUCAUCGCAGCAUUUGCCGGGUCUUCAACCGAGGCGUUGGGUGCGGCUACAGUGAAUGAUCUAUACUUUUUGCAUGAGCGGGGUAGCAAGAUGGGAAUAUACAUGAACGCUAUAGCAGGCGGAAAUACCUUUGGUCCCCUGAUUUGUGGCUUCAUUGUUUCCAAUUUGUCCUGGCGAUGGCAGAAAUGGAUAUCUGCAAUCUUUACAGGAUUAAAUUUCUUAACGAUCCUUUUCUUCGUGCCAGAAACCAGAUACAUGCGCGAAGUUGGCCAAGUCAACACGGUCCUCUUGCCUUCAAACGAAAAAGUCGUCAUGGCUGAUGAGAAGUUGCCCCAGGCGCCAUCCCCCGGAACACCACUGGAGCAGUUGCCGAAAAAGACAUGGAAACAGGAUCUCGGCUUAUGGUCUGGGGUUUCUGAAACCAAUCUGGCCAAGAUGUUUGUGCGACCGUUUCCAAUGAUCAUAUAUCCAGCAGCCAUCUAUGCAUUUCUUUGUUACUCAAUCUCCUUAGUCCUUACAGUCGCAGUCAACAUCCUCAAUCCCUUUGUUCUGCAGGCACCGCCGUACAACUGGAACGUACAGAUUAAUGGCCUUAUCAACAUUCCUGGCAUCCUAGGCAAUGUGUUUGGAUCAUGGGCUGGAGGUGACCUCGUAGACAUUUGGUGCAAAUGGCGGACCAGGAAGCACCUUGGCAUUUAUGAGCCCGAAAGCAGACUUUAUCUGAUAGUCAUUCCGCUCGUGCUUACUACUGCGGGUAGUGUUCUGUUUGGUUAUGGUGUGCAGAAUGCGCUGUCGUGGGUAUCGCUCUUUUUCGGCUAUGGAAUGAUCUCGGUCUCGCUGACUGCCAUUCCUACAAUUACUUUGGCAUAUGCUAGUGAUUGUGCACUGCCAGUCAACUCGGAUGUCAUGUUGCUCAUCAAUGGGUUGAAGAAUAUCGUGGCUUUUGGUUUCUUGUACGGCGUAGUGCCUUGGGUCGUUGACGUUGGCUAUGUCAAUGCCUUCGGCACAAUGGCCGGUGUAUUCGCUGGAAUUGUGACCAUAGGAGCACUACUGCUCAUCCAGUAUGGAGCAGGUGCACGGCAUGCGGUGGCACAAUGGAAGGUCAUCCUAGAGUGA